CUUACGUUAACUCUGGAAUCCAGUAUGAAGGUUGAACGUUCUCCAACCAUGCAGUAGACCCAAGCUCAGCCUCCAGAGCCCAUUAAGGAAGUUGUAGCUCAGUCUCCAUUGUAUCCCGAGGUGACAGUUCCAGCACCAGUUCAGGAUCAUGCUGAGCAUCCAACAUCACCCAGUAUCACAGUUAAACCUUUGGACCUGGAGCUUACCACAACUCCAGAACCUACUACAGAGUCUGAACAUUCUACAGCCCAGCAGCAGACUACAGCUCCCCCUCCAAAACACCCUGAGAUGACACUUGCACAGUCAAACCUGACUCAAGUCACAAUUCAACCUAUGGAUGUGGAACUUACUGUUACUGCAGGAUCCAAUAUGGAGACUGUAUCUUCUCCAAUCAUGCAGGAGACCCCAACUCAGCCUCCAGAGACACCUCAGGACGUUGUAGUUCAAUCUCCAUUCCAGCAGGAGUUGACAGUUCCAACUCCAAGUAAGGAUCAAGGUCAGCAUUCAACAUCAUCCAGCAUCACAGUUCAUCAUGUGGACCUAGAGCAAACAACAACUCCAGAACCCACUAUGGAGUCUGGACAUUUUACAUCCCUACAGCAGACUACAGCUCCCCAUCCAAAACACCAUGAGGUGACACUUGCACAACCAAACCUGACUCAAGUCACAGUUCCACCUGUCUACCUUGGAGUUAACAUAUCUCAGCAACCAAGGCCAUUUGAGACAUUUCUUUAUCCUUCCACUCAGUAUCCACACGUAUUCCUGGUGUUAAAAAUACCCCAGAAAAGAAGCAGCCAGAACAGAAUGCCACCACAAACAUCAGCAUAUGUGAGCUCUGUAUCUGCAAAAAUGAGACGCUGCCGUGUGUUGGUCUCAGCCCAAAGCAGAAGCUCCACAGGGUGCCUGAGGCAGAGCCUAACACCUACAAUGGCACCUUCACCAUCAUAUAAGAAUCGCCUUUCCUCAUUUGUUCUCUGCAUCUUGCCAGACAUGGCAGCCUUUCUCCAGGUCUUCCUGGGUCCUCCUUAUCUCCCCAAUCCACAUUGACUGACUUUCUGUUUCCACCUUUUGUUUGUCAAUGAUUCCUUAUCUUCAUUCCUCUUCCUACUAUUUUUCUUUC